AUGGAAGAAGUUACCGCCGCGGAUCGCGACAUCGACUCCAUCCCACCACGCGACUCGGCCGCCGCACACAACCCAUCCGACAUCACACACAAUGGCGAACAGAGCGAGAACGACAGCGCACCUGUGAUCAAGGAGGAACAUCCGCCGGCACCUGUAAAUGGCGAUGAUGGUGGCGUCAUUGAGCGGCCGCCAAAACGGCGGAAACUCGAAGACACCACACCGCGCCGCUCAGCAUCACGCGCCGCAUCGCCGCCCUGGAAGUCAUUCGUGGCUGACGGACCGACGACAGUCUUCGAGAAUGGCGUCAGGAAAUCAUCACGUGUGAGCAAGGAUGCUGCACCGCCAACGCCGGAACCUGUAAAGCGGAAUUCUCGCCCGGCCAGCAAGGCGACGCAGACCAACGGCACCCCUAAGAACGGCGUCAAGCGAGAGUCGCGCAAUGGCUCAGGACCCAUGUCUGUCUCGAAAGGGAAGACGCCAUCCACCAUCACCAAAAAGGUGUCCGCACAGUCUCUGGCAACGCCGGCGCGCAAGUCUGAGCGCCAGAGAAAGCCUCCAGCACUUGCGACAACUUCGCCCGUCACGUCGCCAGCACUGCAGAAUGGGUCGCCCGAAGGCACGCGCAAGCGGGUCGGGCGCUCUCGGAGGGGAGCGCAGCCACUUACCGAUGAUCUAGGUGACGAGCCCAUGGACGAUGCCGAAACGAACGGACACGACCCCUACGCCGGUCUGUAUGGAUCGCCCGACGACUCGAACCCAUCUAUGCCUGCCCCUCGUCUCCGCCUGCGACUGCGAAAGCCCGACCCUCCCAACCGCCAUCCCCACCAUGCCCCGCCCAAGUCAGAGUACGCGUCGCUCGAAGAGUGGCUAGGACAAGACGACCCGUUAGACGGCGAAGAGGCGCUUCGGAUCACACAGGAAAAGGCCGAGGAAGAGGCCGAGCGCCGGCUGCAGAUCGUCGAGGCUGCUGAACAUGGAGUUCUAAGCCAGGCACGAUGCAGCGUAUAUGCGCCUGAAGCAGCCCCAGAGCCACCGCCACAAUAUGGGCAUUGGGACCACGUGGUCGCUCAUGCCCUGCACUUCAACAAGCUAUUGAAGGAGGAAAAGGCAUUUCAUCGGCGGACGGCUAAGAUCUUGGCCAGAGAAGCAUACGACUUCUGGAAGAACAAGUUCAAGCGCAAGAGCCAAGAUGAGAUCGAACAGGAAGAGACCGAGCGGCAAGUGACGAGAUACAAGCAGCUCGUGAAGGAUGUCAAGGACGCAUGGGGCUUGGUCAGGGUUGAGAUCGACAAGGAGCGUGUGGCUAAAUAUGAGGAGGAACAGUUGCAGCUCGGACACAAGGCCAUGGACGACAUGUUCAAUCAAGCGCAAGAGAUUCUGGGUGGUCGUAACGCUGGCGACGGGGCCUCCUCCUUGGUCAGCGAAGACCGUGAUUUCGAUGAGAUGGAAUCCGAAAGCGGGGUGUCGCAUGCCUCACAACAACAGCACGACGACGAUGUCAUGUCUUCCAGCUCCGAUAGCGAACAAGAGAACGAGCAGGACGAAGAUGCGAACCUCACGGCCGAACAACUACGCGAGAAGUACGGACAACUUCCCGAUCUCCCCGAGAGCAGCUCCGAGGCGGAAGUCAACUCAAACGACGGCGAAGACGAUGACGACGCUGAUUCCAAAGAGGGCACUCCUGCGCCAACACCCGAUCCCGACCUCGAUGUCGACAACACGAACGAGCUUCCAGAGAACCCAUUUCAACAGACGAACGGCUUUCACGACCACGAAGAAGAUGGGGAUAAACAGAAGCCAGACUAUAUCGAUCCUGCUACAGUGGAGCUCGAUCAGGUUGAUGAUGCUUUGCUCGAUUCUGAGGACGACAAGGGCUCGGAAUCUGGUAGUGAAGCUUGGUCGAGCAACGAAGGUUCGGAUAGCGAGGGUGAUGGUCAUGAAGAAGCCGGCUCGGAAGAAGACGACGAGGAUGAGAGUGAAGGAGAAGACUUAGGCAUGAUGGGUUUCUUGGCACCUAAAGACAUCAAGAAACUGAAAGAGGCCGCCAAGACCGCGAUUGACGAUGUGGAACCGGAAGACCCGACAAAUCAGCCCGAACAAACGAAUGGCCAUGCUACAUCGCCCGCGGAAGUCUAUGAGGAGAAGCCACAUGUGAAUGGUCAUGAUUCUGUCGCUGAAGUAGACGAGCCACAUGUGAACGGGCAUUCUGAAACAGAACCUGCUCCUACCGUCGAGGCAGCUGAGCCAACUCCGAUGGAAGAUGUAGUACAUUCUAAAAGCGCUUCUCGAUCACGGCAUACAUCAUCACCACCAAGGACCGAGGUGCCAUCCUUACUACGCGGUACCCUCCGAGAAUACCAGCACGAUGGUUUGGACUGGCUGGCGAACUUGUACGAAUCCGAGACAAACGGAAUUCUCGCAGACGAGAUGGGUCUGGGCAAGACUAUACAGACCAUCUCACUUCUCGCCUACCUCGCUGUUCGUCGCGAGAUAUGGGGACCACAUCUAGUCGUCGUACCCACCAGUGUCAUGCUCAAUUGGGAGAUGGAGUUCAAGAAGUUCUUGCCAGGCUUCAAGAUUCUGACUUACUAUGGCGACAUCAACGAGCGAAAACGAAAGCGCAUGGGCUGGCGCAAUACUGGCAAGGAUAUGUACAACGUCGUCAUUACCUCCUAUCAGCUCAUCCUCCAAGACGCAGCAGCCUUCAAGAUGCGUCCCUGGCGUUACCUAGUCCUCGAUGAAGCCCACAACAUCAAGAACUUCAAAUCUCAACGAUGGCAGACUAUGCUUAACCUUAGAACAGAACGACGGUUGUUACUGACCGGUACGCCUCUACAAAACAACAUCGAUGAGCUUUGGUCGCUGCUCUACUUCUUAAUGCCAGCUGGCUUUGCUGGAGAAGGUCGCAUUGCGGGACUAGAGGAGUUUACCUUGGCUCUGAAGAAUCCCACCUCGCAAAUUCUCGAUCAAGGUCGGCAGCAGCUUGAUGCCGAAGCGCAGAAGGUUGUCAAGCGGCUUCACGAAGUCCUUCGCCCUUAUCUGCUGCGAAGGCUGAAAUCAGAGGUUGAGAAGCAAAUGCCAGGGAAAUAUGAGCACGUUGUCUACUGCAAGCUUUCUAAGCGGCAACGUCAGCUCUACGAUGGAUUCAUGGGCCGCGCCUCGACCAAGGAGAUCCUGUCCUCCGGCAACUACAUGUCGAUUAUCAAUUGCUUAAUGUCAUUACGAAAAGUCUGCAAUCACCCCGACCUGUUCGAAACACGAGCCAUUGUAACGUCCAUGGCCAUGCCCAAGUCAGUCGCUGCUCAGUACGAGAUCAAGGACCUUCUCAUCAGGAAGCGUAUGCAAGAGGGCAUGGAAGAUAAGCAAGUAAAUCUAGACGCCUUGAACUUGGUGUUUGCGCGACGGGAACAGACGCAGUUGGGUCAUGCUAGACGCACCUACCCUAUUCGCGCCACACGGCCCCUGGAGGAUCUGAUCGAGCGUCAAACACGGCGCAUCAACAAACCCAUCGACAAGGGCACUUCCUCACUACAAGCGACUAUGGCAGCGAUGGCGAAGCGAGAGCAAGUGGCCGUUCGAGAUCAUCUGCAAACAUGUCUUAACCUUACUCGCACGCGUACCCAGUUUAUGCCGAUUUACGGAAAGGACAUCAUUGACGCACUGACCGUUGAUUGGCACGAUUUUACAUUUGGGGCUAUCACUGAAGGGAAGAGAGUGGCUAAGCCUCUCCUCUACCGAACCCAUCACACUCCACAUCCCAACUACCACGGCUUCGGUCAGGCUCAAAUGCAACCAAGACAAGAGGAAACGAUUCACUAUGACAUCGUUCAACGUCAUCAUGGUCUACUCGGAUUCAGGUCACCGCGCUCUCAUCGUGUCUUGUCGCAUUGGCACGAUCAACAAAUUACCCAUUUCUAUGAUAUGAUCCCAACAUUGGAGCAGCGUGCUGAGGCUAUGGAGCCUCUCAUUACCCGCUUCACAUGCGUUACGCCUGCCGUUGCGGCCGAGGAAUUAGCACCUCUGACCCUAUCCAGGCGCGGUGUCCAGCUGAUUCGAUCGUCGGAGGCAGCACACGAAAAAGACCCCUUCCAUUCUUCGCGCAUCCGACAAUCGAUCGCCUUCCCGGACAAGCGUCUCCUUCAAUACGACUGUGGCAAGCUUCAGCGUCUUGCAACACUCCUUCGAGAUCUACAGGCUGGUGGCCACCGUGCGCUCAUCUUUACCCAGAUGACAAAGGUUCUCGACAUUCUCGAGCAAUUCCUAAACAUUCACGGAUAUCGCUACCUGCGCCUUGACGGGUCUACCAAGAUCGAACAGCGCCAGAUUCUUACUGAUCGCUUCAACAGUGACCCCCGCAUCUUAUGCUUCAUCCUGUCAUCUCGAUCUGGUGGUCUCGGUAUCAAUCUCACGGGUGCUGACAGCGUCAUCUUCUAUGAUCUUGAUUGGAACCCCGCGAUGGACAAGCAGUGUCAAGACCGAGCCCAUCGUAUCGGUCAAACGCGCGAUGUGCACAUCUACAAGUUCGUUAGCGAAUAUACUAUCGAAGCCAAUAUCCUCCGCAAGUCGAACCAGAAACGUCUCCUCGAUGAUGUCAUUAUCCAAAAGGGUGACUUCACCACAGACACCUUCAACAAAGUCACCUGGCGCGAUGCACUCGACGAGAACUUGGGAAUUGACACCAACGACGAAGCGGGCGCAGCCAUGGAACGUGUGCUCGGCGAGAAGAUUGGACUGCUAGGUGAUGCGCGUGUCAUGGGCACAGUGGAGGAUACCGAGGAUCGCACGGCAGCUUCCAUCGCACAGAAGGAGAUUGUGGACGAGAUUCAAGAAGAUCAAGUCGACUUCAACGAGAGUCUCAACGCCACGAGAGCCGCCUCGGAGGCCGCCGCUGCCGCCAAAGCGAACGAAGACCUCGACAUCGACGGCAACGAGAAGGAGCGAAGACACGUCGAUGAAUAUAUGCUUAGCCUGUACCGGGAAGAGUACGGCAAAGAACCGUACCGGCCGCCAACGGACCGGCAGAAGAGGAACCGAAAGGGACAGGAUCCUCAUGUGCGGCACAGAAAGAAGAAAUACUAG